UUUUAAUAGUACAACCAACGAUACUUACCAAAUCCACAUGGUUUGUCAAUAUGAGCACUAACAAAGUUUUGAAGCUAGCCAAGGCUGCUAUUGACAAGAAAGACUAUGAAGCAGCCCUCAAGCAUUGUCAAGAUGUGUUUAUCAGGGAUGCUAGUAACUACAAUGGGAAUGUGUUUGCUGGACUGGCUUGUCUCCAGCUGAGUCGACAUGACGACGCAAGACGUCAUUACAGCACAGCCAUUGAGACACAGCCAGAUAAUCCUCUAGCCUGGAAGGGUCUGGCUAACUACUAUGACAAGCACAGGCCAGUGGUGCAACAGGAGCAACUGGAUGCCCUCAACACAUACUCCAAACUACUCUCAUUUGUUGAAAGUGAUGCUACCAAGACCUCCUCCAUCCUCUUCAAGAUGGCAGUCCUACACGAGGUCCUGAGUCAGCAUUCCGAGGUCCUAUCCUGCUACGGCCGUAUCCUGGCAACCACAGAGGAGGGGGCAGAGCUGCCUACGGAGAAAGUAGCUACCAUGAUCUCUCAUUUCCUCUCACAGAAAGACACUUCUCUUGCAAUAUGGGGCAUGCUAGUGAAAGCCUUUGAUUUGUUUGAGGGUGACACUAAGAGUGGAGUAAGGUCGAAAUUCAUAUCAAGGGGGAUGGCUGUCUACAAGGCUAGCAUUUCUCUUGAUGGAGGUCUGCAUGCCAAACUAGUCUCUGAAUGUGAAGAGCUUCUCUCCUGUCAGCCACAGCAUGCACUCCUCUCACUGGUGCAGCUCACUCUGUGGGAACAAGCUCCUGCAAUGCAAGUGCAAUAUCCGUGUGAUGUCUCGCUGGAACUGACUAGCAACCAGAAGGGGUGGUGUGAGCAGCUAGGAGUGUUGAUGGAGGAGGGUACAUUGGACGCUACAGGAUUAGGUGUGGCUUGUGCAGGGGAUGCUCUAGUGAAGAUUACUGAUGGAAAAUGGAUAGACGCUAAAACAGUGAUUGAAAACAGUUUGACCUCAUGCCCUGCUAUGUGUGAGCUCCACCUCCUCUCAGUCAUUGUCCAUCUUCGUCUCCAUGACUACCACACUGCCGAGCUGGAAGGUCAAAAAGGUCUGAAGUGUGCAUCUUCUUUCCCCAAGUGUCUGAUUACUUCUGUGCAAAAUAAACUGAAACUGUGUCUGCUCUGUGUUGCCAUGGAGAGUGAGGACGGCCCUCAAUCCAAGACUCUAGCAAAUGAGUUCUCUGAAUUGAUGUCAGGUGACUUAUAUGUGACUGCACUGGUUACUAGAGGGUACAUACUCGCUGGGGAACUUCCUCAAGCUAGGGAGGUGCUGCAUACGCUGCAAGGACAGGAGAGUGCCAAACACUUGGUGUGUGCGUUGCAAGGAGAGAUAUUUCUAUCAAUGAAAGACUGGGACAAUGCUAUCAAACAAUUGGCUGCUGCCAUUGAACAAUGCCCCAACUCAUCCACUAUUCAUUUUCUUCAUGGGACGGCCAUCUGGAGGUCAGAGGUCACUGACAAGCGACCCGCCUAUGCAUCAUUCAUUAAGGCUGCUAAAUUGGACCCUUGCAAUGGUGAAGUGUUUUUCUACUUGGGCAGAUACCAGAACCUUGUUAACAAGAACACAGAACGAGCUAUAAAGUGCUUCCAGAAGGCAGUUGCUUUAAUGCCAUCUCUAACUAUGGCAGCCAUGGAACUGGGAGAUCUGCUCACAACCAGUGGAGAAGAGCAAAAAGCAUUUGAAGUAUACAAUAAGAUUUGCGCCGACUCCCCUCCUGACAAAGCGAGACACGCCUGGUUAAGGACUGGUCUGUAUCACCACAGCAAGGGGAUUUAUAACGAGGCCAUUAAGUGCUUCCAAACGUACGGUCGAGUGGACUCGAGUAAUGUACAAUGCUGGGAGUGCCUGGGUGAUGCUUACCUCUCCAGAGGGAGCUACAACUCUGCCCUCAAUGCAUUCAACAAGUGCCUAGAGCUGGAGCCCUCCUCCCUCUACUCUCUAUAUCGACUGGCGGGUAUCAAGCAACUGCUGGGUAAGCUGAGAGAGGCUGUGACUGAGUACACUGCAGUACUAGAGCUCGACUCUCACUAUGUGCCUGCUCUCAAAGGUCGAGGGGAGACCCACCUGACUCUGGCCAGACAAGCUCUCGCAGAUAACCUUGACUCCAAUGCAGUCGACCACGUCUCGUUAGCCCUCAGGGACCUCACUAAUGCUGCUCGUCAUCGACCCCAGUUUGUGUGUCUAUGGAAAUUAAUUGGAGACAGCUGUUUUUGCGUCCACGCAAUCCCCAAUAAUGUGGCCAGGCUGAGCAUCCCUAUAGUACUGCAAGGUCACAUUUCAAGCUAUGUAGCCGAUUGUGUUGUAGUGGACAAAUUGGAACUACUUCAGGUCGGGAUCAGGGCGUACGCACAAGCUCUUCGUCUCAGCUCCGAUUCGGCGUACUGUUGGCACGACCUUGCACUAGCCUACUACCACAUCAGUCAGGAAACAGGAGAAGAGACGGAGAAACAAACUAACCUGGCUACUGCGUUGAGCGCUGCCAAGAAAGCUUUGAGUUUAGCCCCCAACAACUUUCUCUACUGGAACAGCCUCGGACUCAUUGCAGCUAGUGAAGGUGUGGAAGAUAUUGGAUUGGCUCAGCAUUGCUUCAUCAUGUCUCUACAAGAAUCUAACAAUGCAAUGGCCUGGACUAAUUUGGGAGCCCUCUACUUUAAAAAAGGCAACGUCAAGCUAGCCCACGAAGCCCUAAUGAAUGCACAGUCGGCAGAUCCUGAUCAAAUGGAAGCGUGGGUGGGGCAAGCACUGGUGGCCGAGAGCAUUGGAAGCUCUGAGGCUAUGGACCUCUUCAGACACUCUACUCAACUAGGCUAUCAUCCUGAGGGUACACUAGGCUAUGGCUAUUGGGUGUGCAAUACACUGAACACCAUUGACUCCGGCCCUAUACUAACAGCUGGCAAACGGAGUUUCAAUGCCACGGCAACCACUGCCAUCCUCCAGGCUAGAGACACACUCGAGAAGUACGUUAGGAGAGAGAGGAGCAAUGUCUGCGCUCUGAACUACCUCGGUCUACUCUUUGAGUUGGAGGGACUCACAAAAUCAGCAGAGAAAAUGUUCAGGAGGGCUCUGGAAGGUGGUGCUGUGGAGAACGAGCUGGUGGCUCUGAGGACCAACUUGGCAAGAGUUGUCAGUGCUAACGGUGGUGAAGCUGUAUCGGAGUAUCUGGACCUCCCACAGAGGGACCCCCUGCUGAGAUUGCAACUAGCACUAGCCCUGUGUAGAGCUGGGAAGUGGGCCGAGAGCUUUAAAGUUUACGAGAGUCUGGUAUCGGAAGAAGGGGGUGUGGUUAGUGAUGAGCGCUCAGCUGUACUCACUGCACAAGCUAUGGUGGCGUUUGCCAGUGGUGACAGAGCCACCUGCAAAAAACAGCUCUUCAAAUCAUUCCAGUGCUCCCCUGUGUGUGUACACGGACUGGUUGCCAUGUGUGUGCUGGGUUGCCUCGACAAUGAACUCACUCUGUUACUAGCAGCUCUCCAGGAGAUCGUUAAGGUUCUAGACUCUGGUGUCGACGCCCACCUCCACUCCUCUUGUAUUUCUGCUCUAGAAGCAAUCGCUCUUCUAUUAAAGGAUGACCCACAGGCCAUUGAGAGUGUGGAUGUCAUUAAUACCGUGACAAGCAUUCUGACUGGAAACAUGACCUAUACUUUGCCACCCAGUCCACUUACCCUCCAUACCGGCUUUGCUAACUUAACCUCCCCCAAACAAGGCCUAAACAUGCUUCAGAUUCUUCUUCAUUCAUACCCCACUGACAAGUGGUGUUUGCCUCACCUGAUUGGCUACAUACAGCAAGUCAGUUGAGCGUGAUUGAAACUCACCCCCAAAUCACAAACAUGGAACUAUUACAUUGUACAUGUAUGUAGCAGCAGUAGUUGUGUAUAGAAGAUUUUGUAUAUGAAUUCGUUGAGUGUC